UCAUUUCAUUCGUUUUGUGUCCAAAAGAUACAAUGAGCUCGCUGUGCCCUGCUUUUUGUGAGUCUCUGCGUCCUCAGCUGACCUCAAUGACCUCAAAUGCAUAUGACGGAAGACCAAAGAAGAAUAGGUGCCUUUGAAUUAUGGUGCUGACAAAGAAUAUUGAAACUACCAUGGACUGCCUAAAGAACAAACAAAUCUGUCAGAAUGCUCCUUAGAGAAGAGGGUAAUGACUUGGCCUCACACACUGUGGACAUGUCAUCAGGAGAAACCAGUCCCUGGAGAAGGACAUUGCGCUUGGAGCCGGUGACCUUUCGGGACAUAGCGGUGGACUUCACUCAGGAGGAGUGGGGGCAGCUGGACCCUGCCCAGAGGACCCUCUACCGGGAUGUGAUGCUGGAGACCUUUGGGCACCUGGUUGAUGUAGGGCCUGGUCUUCCCAAACCAGAAGUCAUCUCUCAGCUGGAGCAAGGGACCGAGCUUUGGGUGGCAGAGAGAGGACUUGCCGAAGCCCAUUCUCCAGUCUGGAGGACGAGAACUGAAGGCCAAGGACCACGCACAGAUCAAGGCCUUCCAGAGGAUAAGCUACCCCAUGUCCCCAUAAAGAAAGGAUUGCCAAGGGGUGCCCUCUGGCCCAGCACACUGGGGGAGAAACGGGCUGGUGACAGCCAGGCCCAGGGGCUGAAGAAGGACCAGGACAACCUCAAAGAAGUUCCGAGUCAAGACAGAGGCAGUGAAAGUCUCAGACUUGGGGAAAACUGUGUCCUGAGUUCUAGCCUAAAUCCAUUCCAGGAGAUUCCUCAGGGUAAAUCUCUUAGUACUCACGACACACCGGUUACAAACCUAGAGCAUAAUUCAAGUUUAAUGAAUGAGCAGACUGACUCCUCUGGGAAACAGCCCUUUGAAAACAAUGACUUCAGUAAAGCCUUUAGUCAGGGUGUUGAAGUUAUGCAACUUGGAAAAAUUCAGAGUCAGGAUAAACCCUACAAGUGCACUGACUGUGGUAAGUCUUUUAACCACAAUGCACACCUCACAGUCCACAAGAGGAUCCAUACAGGAGAGAGACCCUAUAUGUGCAAGGAGUGUGGGAAAGCCUUUAGCCAGAACUCCUCUCUCGUUCAGCAUGAGCGAAUCCACACAGGGGACAAGCCCUAUAAGUGUGCCGAGUGUGGGAAAUCUUUCUGCCACAGCACCCACCUCACUGUGCACCGGAGGAUUCACACGGGAGAGAAGCCCUACGAGUGCCAGUACUGUGGGCGGGCCUUCAACCAGAACUCGUCCCUCGGCCGGCACAAGAGAACACACACUGGGGAGAAGCCCUAUGCUUGCAGUGUAUGUGGGAAAGCCUUUUCAAGGACCACCUGCCUCUUCCUGCAUCUGAGAACUCAUACAGAGGAGAGGCCCUAUGAGUGCAACCACUGUGGGAAAGGCUUCCGGCACAGUUCCUCCCUGGCCCAGCACCAGAGGAAGCACGUGGGGGAGAAGCCAUAUGAAUGCCGGCAGCGGCUGAUCUUUGAGCAGACUGCUGCUCUGGUGAAGCAGGAAUGGUCAGAAGACUGCAGCCCACCCCUGAGUCAAGAUACACGGGAUGAUAGGCCUUUUAAAUGUAGUCAGUGUGGGAAAUGUUUCAUUCAGAGUUCACACCUCAUCCGGCAUCAGAUAACUCACAACAGAGAAGAGCCCAGAGGACGGAACCGGCGGGGGGCUGCCAGUAGCCGGGAGUCCACCAGCAGCCGGAGCUCACACCUGACCCGACACCAGUACCCACGUUCAGGAGAGAGCCAAGGGGCUGGGACAGAGGCAGGCCAGUCUGCCAGCAGGGCCCUUGCCUUAUUUGACAUCCAUGAGAUUGUGCAAGAGAAAAACCCUGUGCACGUUAUUGGAGUGGAAGAGCCAGCUGUGGGUGCCUCUGUGCUCUUUGACAUCAGAGAGUCCGCGGAGGUAGGCCAGACCCUCCAGAUGAGUCCUGAAGCAAGCACAGACAGGUGGUAAGUUCCCAGGACAACAUCCAUGAGAAGAGGAACCAGGGGGCGGGGAGGAGAGAAAGUAGUAGCAGUGGCCUUCCAUUUCCUGAAUAAGUAAUGUCUCCCAGAUACUCAAGGUCCCAAACCCCCAAGCAAGCCCAUCGCCAUUCUGUCACAAGCGGACUCCUGGCACCCCUUGGGUUUCCAAGGCUAUGGUCUGUAUGGAAGCAGAUCACCAACCCUGCUCUUUUGCAGUCUGUUGGGCAGCAGGUUUGAUCUGCCAACCUUUAGCCCAGGCGAAACCAUUUGCACCACCCAUGGACCUUUAUCAAACUCAACUCCCCUUUUAAUAGGUAUUUUGUAACAUUCCCUUGACUAUCCCAAAAUGAGCUCACAGGUUAACAUAACCGGUGCACAUGCAUAAUGUCAAGAAAAAAAAUCUGUUGUUGACUCUAUUUUGUACAGGAGCAUUAAACUGAAAAUAAUUUAUAAUAGA